UAGACAGGGAUCAGCGCUAAACGAGGCCACGCAUUGUCUGGCCCUCCCGCCCUCGGUUGCGAGCGAGCAAGGUGAUUGGCCCAGGCCUCGGAAAGAGUGCCCGGGGAUCCAAAUGUACAGGCCGCAUUUAUCUUAGUGUCGAAAAAUAAACCCAAACAAUAACAGACACAACCGAGAAAGGAGACAUAUCGACGAUCCAUUUGAAGGAGUCCAUAAUAAGGGUGCUCUCUCCCAAUGGAAGGAAGAAACACCAGCAACACACUGUUCUUAUUUUAGAGUGCAUUGGCAUCAAAUGUGAAGCUUUUUUAAGAUCAAAGAGAUGGACCAUGGCGGAGGGAUCCUGGAGCUACACACACAGGAGUUAAAGAUGCCUCACACCAUGAUCAUGCAAGACUUUGUGACAGGAAUGAGGGGUCUGGCCCACAUCGACGGGGAUCACAUUUUGGUGUCUGUGCCUGAUGGCAUGCUCCUGUCUGACGUCAUGACGGACGAAGGCAUCCUGCUGGAGCACGGCCUGGAGGUGCAGGGCCUGGAGACGGAGGUGGAGGUGGAAGGCCUGGAAACGGAAGUUGAAGGCUUUGGAGCGGAGGUGGUGGAGAUAGAGACACAGAUGGUCGAGGGCCUCGAGGCGGAGGUGGUUGAAGGCCUGGAGGUCGAGGGCCUGGAGGCGGAGGUGGAAGUCGAGGGCCUGGAGGCGGAGGUGGAAGUCGAGGGCCUGGAGGCGGAGGUGGAAGUCGAGGGCCUGGAGGCGGAGGUGGAAGUCGAGGGCCUGGAGGCGGAGGUGGAAGUCGAGGGCCUGGAGGCGGAGGUGGAAGUCGAGGGCCUGGAGGCGGAGGUGGAAGUCGAGGGCCUGGAGGCGGAGGUGGAAGUCGAGGGCCUGGAGGCGGAGGUGGAAGUCGAGGGCCUGGAGGCGGAGGUGGAAGUCGAGGGCCUGGAGGCGGAGGUGGAAGUCGAGGGCCUGGAGGCGGAGGUGGAAGUCGAGGGCCUGGAGGCGGAGGUGGAAGUCGAGGGCCUGGAGGCGGAGGUGGAAGUCGAGGGCCUGGAGGCGGAGGUGGAAGUCGAGGGCCUGGAGGCGGAGGUGGAAGUCGAGGGCCUUGAAGCGGAGGUGGAAGUCGAGGGCCUUGAAGCGGAGGUGGAAGUCGAGGGCCUUGAAGCGGAGGUGGAAGUCGAGGGCCUUGAAGCGGAGGUGGAAGUCGAGGGCCUUGAAGCGGGGGUGGAAGUCGAGGGCCUUGAAGCGGGGGUGGAAGUCGAGGGCCUUGAAGCGGGGGUGGAAGUCGAGGGCCUUGAAGCGGGGGUGGAAGUCGAGGGCCUUGAAGCGGGGGUGGAAGUCGAGGGCCUUGAAGCGGGGGUGGAAGUCGAGGGCCUUGAAGCGGGGGUGGAAGUCGAGGGCCUUGAAGCGGGGGUGGAAGUCGAGGGCCUUGAAGCGGGGGUGGAAGUCGAGGGCCUUGAAGCGGGGGUGGAAGUCGAGGGCCUUGAAGCGGGGGUGGAAGUCGAGGGCCUUGAGGAAGAGGUAGAGGUCCUAGAGGAAUAUCUAGAGACUGAGGUGAUUGAAGGCCCUGACAUCGGACACGAACACUUGCUGGGUUCCGAAGUGGCCAUCGAGGAGGCUAUAGACUCUCACCAUCACCAUGUUCUAACCUCAGACCUCAUCCAGGGCUCAGUCCACCAUCACCACCACCACAUGCCAGACCAGCUUUUUGUGGAGCACCAGGAGGAGGAGAACGGGUUGGAGGGUUUGGACCAGGAGGUGUCGGUGGGGGAGGAGGAGACAGUGAUCCAGGCCCACGAGGAGCUGCCGGUGGACGUGGAGGCUGUCUCUCUUCAGACUGAUGAGGACUACCUCAUGAUCUCCUUGGACGACGUUGGUGAGAAGCUGGACAGAGGAGACACUCCUCUAGAGAUCACUACUGAGGUGAUGCAUGGUGAAGAAUCCAACAAGGAGGGGUCCGAGGUCAUCAAGGUCUACAUCUUCAAAGCAGAGGCUGAUGACGAUGUGGAGAUAGGUGGGACCGAGGUGGUGUCUGAGAGUGACUUCCAUAACGGCCACCAUGCUGUGUUGGAGUCUGGGGGAGGAGGCAGACAUGGCCGGGGGGAGUCUGGGGGAGGGGGCAGACAUGGCCGGGGGGAGAGGAUGGUCUACAUGGCUGUGAAGGACCACGCCCAGUCAGAGGAAGAUAUCGAUGUGUCAGACAUGGCAGAGCAGGUGUACAUGGAGGUGAUUGUAGGAGAGGAGGAGACCUCUGCAGUCCAGGAGAACCAGCUAGAUGACUCUCCAAACAGCAAGACGUUAGCCCCUGUCUCCUGGGCUGCUGCCUACGAUAACAACAGUGUGGACACAGUGAAGAAUGGAGGGACCAGGCCAUACCUUCAGAUCAGAGACGGUCAGGGCAUCAACAGAGCCCUCAAACAGAAGAUCAAGAAGAAGAAGAGGAAUGGCGACACACGGCAGUGCCAGACCGCUGUGAUCAUCGGUCCAGAUGGCAUGCCCCUGACCGUCUACCCCUGUCACAUCUGUGGUAAGAAGUUCAGGUCACAAGGCUUCCUCAAGUGUCACAUGAAGAACCAUCCUGACCACCACGUUAAGAAGUACCAGUGUACCGACUGUGACUUCACCACCAACAAGAAGGUCAACUUCCACAACCACCUGGAGUCCCACAAGCUACUGGUCCAUCACAGAGACAGAACCUCUUCCCCAGACUACCCAGAAUACAACAGGACCACCCCAGAGUACCCAGAAUACAACAGGACCACCCCAGAGUACCCAGAAUACAACAGGGCCACCCCAGAGUACCCAGAAUACAACAGGACCACCCCAGAGUACACCGAGUACACCCGGCGUUACCACGAAGACAGCCAGCUAGGGUCUAACAAGCUGAUCCUGAGGGACAAGGAGUCCAAACUGCACCACUGUAAGUACUGUGACUAUGAGACUGCAGAGCAGGGGCUCCUUAACCGCCACCUAUUGGCCGUUCACAGUAGGAACUUCGCCCACGUGUGCGUGGAGUGCGCUAAAGGCUUCCGUCACCCGUCAGAGCUCAAGAAGCACAUGCGGACCCACACGGGCGAGAAGCCGUACUGCUGCCCGCACUGUGACUUUCGCUGUGCAGACCAGUCCAACCUAAAGACUCACAUCAAGAGCAAACACGGUGCCGACCUGCCUUUUAAGUGUGGCCACUGCCCCCAGGCCUACGCAGACGAGGGGGAGCUGCAGCGCCACACAGAGAUGGUGCAGGGACACAAGACCCACCAGUGUCCCCACUGUGAACACAAGAGCACCAACUCCUCUGAUCUAAAACGACACAUUAUAUCUGUUCACACCAAAGACUUCCCUCACCAGUGUGACGUGUGUGAAAAGGGCUUCCACCGGCCCUCUGAGCUGAAGAAACACUCCGAGACGCACAAGGGCAACAAGGUGCACCAGUGCAGACACUGUAACUUCACGACCUCUGACCCUUUCACCCUCAGCAGACACAUCCUGUCCGUUCACACCAAGGACCUCCCCUUUAAGUGUAAACGCUGCCGGCGAGGGUUCCGCCAGUCCGCGGAGCUGAAGAAACACAUGAAGACCCACAGCGGGAGGAAAGUGUACCAGUGUCAGUACUGCGAGUACAACAGCCCGGACGCUUCAGGAUUCAAACGCCACGUGAUCUCGAUCCACACCAAGGAAUACCCCCACUGCUGUGACUACUGUUGUAAAGGCUUCAGAAGGCCCUCGGAGAAGAGCCAGCACAUAGCCAGACAUCACAAAGAUAUGCUGAUGGAACGUUGUUAAUACAAUGUUGACACAACGUUACCCGGACAGACAGACUGACACACUCACUCCUUAGUCUAUGUAGACCUUUUUCACACCACGAAGGGGGAACACAUUUAGGCAGUUGAUAAGGAUGGAAUGGUACAUUUAGACUGCUAGCGAUGAUAACAUUCUGACUGCUUCUCUUUUUCUACUGGUUGUAUAGAGUAGGAAUAGGUCUCACCAGACCCCCCCAUUCCCUCUCCCCCAGGUGUAAUCAAACUAAGCAUGUGGUGGAAGUUGGUGAAGUUUAAAACCAGUGUAUAUGUUGUCAGUGGGGCUCCUGUCAAUCUUUCUGUAUUUAUUUAUCUGCAGAGAGGAUUCACCAUAUGAUGACAUUUUAUUUUCAGGGUCUCAUAUGUCUGUGUAUACCUGUUGAAUUUCUGGGAGAAAGAAAUGGACAGAAGGACGGCGUCCUCUAAUAUAGGAUGUGGUUAUGUGAGAUCGUCAUUCAGGCCUGUUCUUCUCUAUCUCACCAGACUGUAUCUGGAUCAAACUAGUGGAUCAAACUAGUGCAUCAAACUAGUGCAUACUGGAGAGCUGCAAGGCUCUGCUACCGACUAGUAUCUUCAAACCUGGGUUCAAAUCAUUUUAGAACUAUUUCUUAUACCUUUAGCAUUUCCUUUAUCCUGCCUAGAGUGGACUUUUGCGAAUGAGUUGGUUCCGUUGUGCCAGGCAAGCCCAGCGACGGUAUGUAUUUGAAAUGAUUACAAAUAGUUUUUGAACCCAGGUCUAAGUAUCCUCCCAAUAACCUGGUUUAUACCCUAAUACCAUUUGUUUUAAAGGCAAUCUCAAUCACAAUCAUGUCAUUAUGAGCCUGUGGGCCCUGUUUGGGUGGUCCACCUGUGAGGUCAGAGUGGAACAAUGUUUACACAAGCACCUUAACCUACGAGCUACGAAACCAACUCAUUUUUUAAAAACAAAAUAGAACUUUGUUUUGUUUCUUAACAGUGCCAAUUUAUUAUUAAUUAAACUUGUUUAAUGUUUUGGUGUUUGGUGGACAGAUGGUUCUGUUCUGUAUGUUUGGUAAAAACUUUGGCAGUUGUCACCACCGUUUUUUGACCUUGUGAAUGCCACUGUAAGUUGUGUAUAUGAUGUGUAUGUGUCUUCACAUAGAACACAGACGUGGUCACACACAAGCCAACCAUCCGAUGGUCAUGUCUUAUGUUCUGUUUCUCCUCAUGCACUGAGCUCUGCUAAAACAGACAUCUGAAAAGUAAAGUGAUUUUAAGUCUCAAACAUAUGCCGUGUAAAGAGAUUGUGUGUUUGAGUCAGUAGAAAGCACUUUAACUAUUGUUUUGUUCAUUUGACAUGUACGGUGUAUAAUAUAUAUUCCCUGAAUGAGACAAUAUGAGUGUUGGAAAAGGGUUGUGGGUAUUUCAGGGCCUGGAGUGGGACGGUAGCGGCCAGUAUUCAUCUAAAUGUAUUAUCAAUAGAAAGCUGUCUAAUGAACUCUUCUGUUUUGAUAUCUGAUAGGUAAUUGGUUGGUCUUUCUGUUGAGAUUUCUGCUCACUGGUGUCCAGCAACCCCACAGUCACUUAAGUACAAUGGUGGAGAGAUUGUCGUUGGAGUAUAAAAGUGUGCACAUAGUAGGCUGGCCAUGAAAUGAAUUGUGUAAAAAAAAAAAAAAUGUAUGCAUUUUCUAGAUUUUUUUUUGUUAAAUUUGUCUGAUUGUUCAGAAACUACUGGUGAGGAGCAACCAAAAUAAACAAUUAUCUUUUUA